UUUUCGUGCUUCAUCUUUAUAGUGGACGUAGGAUCUCUCAGGUAACCCCUACGUACGCCGUGCAACGACUACCGUCUGACCACCCAGUAAAUGCCCCCUUAUUCGGGGAUAAGAGGAACCCUCCCACACCUCCUCUAAUACAACGACCCCGAGCACUCGGUGUCCGAACGCUCGGCCCACCCCGUGCUGACAUUCUCAAAGACCUACAAAAAGAGAAAGGAGGACCAUGGAAGACUACUGCGAAGACGACGCGUUCGAGGGGUACUCGGGACAAAAUAGUUCCGAAGACAGCGAAAACAGAGAAACCUUUGGCGACCUCCAAGAAAUGAGGUUGCUGCCUGAGGAGCCUCGAGGGGGAGAAUCGAGGUCAUCGUUUUUCGAUUUCGAGCUGCCGGACCAGAGCUCCAUUGAGGAGAUCCGCCUGAACCAGAGGAGGGCGUUGGAGAUGGACGAGCGUGUGAAUGAAGAGGACAAAGGGAGCGCCAACUCGUCGCCUGCGAUAGAGCUUCAGGACUCGUCUGGGCGGAAAGGACCAGAUAAAUGCAUGUCUAAAAGUGAGGACAGUCAAAAGGAUCGACAAUUCGAUAACUCGUCUUAUAAGUCCAGCCAAUUCGACGACUCUUUGCUGUUUGAGUCUCUGAUGGAAAAGUUGCCAUCUUCCACCCUGCUCGACUCGUCUGAACAUGAAAAGCUGAGCAUCGCAUCACCAAGGCACCAUACCAUCUUCAACGAUGAUGCGGAUAUGGAAACUCUUCUCAAGCUUGGAACCAAAGAACUCUAUGAGUUCUUCGAAGUAGAUGACGAUGAAGACGACGAAAAUGAACUUGUGAGACCUCCCUCUAUUCUCGAUCAGUCCUUUUCACAACAAAACGCCUAUCAACCUAUUGAAAAGUGCAUGUUUAUCGCCAAAACCGAUCAUACUGUGGAUAACAACGACAGAUACCCACAACAGCAUUUCCUUUCGAUCGCACCGACAGACCUGUGCCAAACCCAACAUGUCCCACUUCAGUAUCCCUCCUAUCCACAACACCAGGAACCACAGCCAGUUCCAGAACAAGAAGCGUCAUCCACUAUCAUCGACGUCUUAUUCUCCUCAACCGACAAAAAAGACCAAACCAACGUCGUCCCUGCUACUAUCCACCCAGACUCUCUGUUCUCCCGUGGCCAGUCGCCCACUCAGUCAUGGCAAGAGCCGUGGAUGCAGGAUCCAUCGCAGCAAACCCCCGACACAACACCCCAUGCUGAAUCCUGCCCUCCUCAAAAACCCCCCACCCCUAACCCUGAAAAGGCUCCCCUACCAGAAGAACCUAGCAAAGACCGCAAAUCUUACAACCGACGCCCCACCUGGCGCAAAUCCAGCCGUAGAAUGAAAGCACACGAAAUUGAGAGCCUCAUCCGCAUGCAAGAGUACCAACUCCACACUGAUAACCCUUGGAUCGACAACUACUACCAAAAUAACCAAGAACUGCUAUCAAACCCUUCUGGCUACCGAUUCCAUCGACCCCUCUGCGAUCCCCCACGUUCACAACGUAAAAGAAAAGAAUCAGAUAACAGCCUCGGACGCAUCACCUUUCAAACCCCUCGAGCACCCAGACAGGUCAUCGAUCUGGACCCCCCCCCACCAUAUCAGCGCCCUAACCCCAUUCCUCUCAACACCUAUGCCAUACACCUGCUAAUAGAAAACGUCUAUGAAACUCUUCUGAAACUGGAAGACCUCCACCAACUCGAAAAAUGCCUCUCUAACAAACAACAACCCCCUUCUAACACCCUUCGCACCCCACUGACUCAAUCAGAUAUCCACGCAAAAAAACAACCCCUUUUUUCUGUUAUCUUGUCCCUCCUCGACGUCCCACCCAUCGACUCUCCUAACUCCUCCACCCACACCACCUACUCAGACUGGGAAAACUUCAUGCUCAGGCUCAUCUCAAUCCCAAAAGGCUCCAGACUCAUAUCCAGACUCCUCCCUCUCCUCCCCUCCUCUAUCUCACUCAGCCUGCUUAAAUUCUUCAUAAGACACCUCUUCCCCCUCUCCUCAUUCACUAUUCAACACCAUGAAUCCAAGCCUUAUGUGUCCGCCAUCUUCAACUACACACGACUCGUCGUCCUCGCCUCCAGUCCAGAACUCUUCUCCCAAAUCCUCCAACUCUUCGAAUUCCAUCACCACUUCACCUCCUCUCGUCUUCUCUCUAUUCUUCGCACCAAAUCCGGUAUCCUCCUCUACCUGUCACUCUUCCAACGCGCCUAUCAGCUCCUUCGCUACGAGAACCACUCUUCUCUCCUCAACUCCUGGGAACAAUUCCAUUCUGCCGUCCUCCUCUCCCUCUCAGGACACCUCCUCCAACUAUGCCAGCCUCCCGGCGGCGACUCCCCCCUCCCAGACCACUCCUCCCCUCUACAAACCAUCGAGUUCCUCUGCUACCUGUGCAUAUUCGCCAACCCGCAACAGAAGGCCUAUCUCUCUACCGAACUCGCUCCUGAACUCACCCCCAGAAACGACGAAGCUCCCGACCUCGCAAAGGCCCGCGCACUUCUGACCAGCUUCGCUUCCUUCAAAGAAACUCACUGCCCCUAAAAUAAAAAAAAAUAACUGCCCCCUUCCUUU